AACACUUCAGCAUCGUCACAUAAAAAUGGUUCUUUCGAUGGAUAGAUGGGUGGGCAAAGUUGCCAUAGUAACUGGUGCUAGUGCUGGAAUCGGUGCCGCUAUUGCAGAUGCUCUCGUGGAAAAAGGCUUAAUCGUGCUCGGCGUAGCUCGUCGCUCUGAACGUAUAGAAGAACGUGCCAAACAACUCUCAGGUAAGAAAGGAAAACUCCAUGCCAUCAAAGCCGACUUGACCAAAGAGGAAGAUAUUUUGAAUGUCUUCAAAUGGGCAAAAGAUAAAUUAGGACCCGUUCACAUCCUAAUCAACAAUGCCGGACGAGGACUUUACGGACCCUUAACAGAAGGCAAAACUGAAGACUGGAAAUCAGUUUUUGAUCUCAACGUCUUAGGGUUGUGCAUUGCCACAAGAGAAGCUGUCAAAAUCAUGAAAGAGAACAAAAUCAAUGGCCACAUCAUACACGUGAACAGCGUUUUGGGUCACCACGUGUUGAAUCUUCCAAAUCUAAACCUUUACCCUGCGUCGAAAUUUGCUGUUACAGCGCUCACUGAAACGCUAAGACAAGAAUUAAACCAUCAAGGACUUAAAAUCAAAAUUACUAGUGUUAGCCCUGGUCUGGUUGAAAGCGAAAUGAGUACUUUAAAUCCGAGUAUACCUGAAGAAAGGAAAGCUGUUCUCGCUAAGAUGCCUAUUUUGAAAAGUGAAGAUAUUGCUGAUGGGGUUGUGUAUGCGUUAUCUACGCCGGAACAUGUUCAAAUCCACGAACUUACCAUUAGGCCUCUUGGUGAAAACGUUUAAUAGGAUUUUCAAGAACCGUUUAUGUAGACUUAUUUCGGGACGUAGUUUUUUGUAUUUAAGUUAAAGCAAUGAGUUAUGUAAAUAAUAUGAUCCAGUAAUAAAUACGAACCUGUUGAUUAUAUACACAA